AUGUCUAGUUUGGCUUCUCAAAGUGCUGAGUCUUCCAAUUUUCUAAUUGGUCUUGCGUACCAAGCCAAUCAUGUUUGGUCAGAAACAACCAAUUUGCUUUCCAAGUUCCCAGGUGGUGAGUUCAUUAUUAAUUACAUCAAGGCAUCACAUAAGAAUGAUCCAUGGAGGACUCUCUUAGAGGCACUUCUAGCAUUAUUUGCCAUUAAAUACUUCCUAGCUUCUAGGUACUCUCAGGAUGAGAGGGAUAAAAUGUUGUUGACGAAGAAGGAAGUCGAAGAAUUGAUUGAUGAAUGGGAACCAGCACCACUCGUUCCUGAGGUUAGAGAUGAUGAGAGAUGGCAACUAGAAACUAACCCUUUAAUUGAGGGCCCUGUUGCUAAAGUAGUUGAUAUCAAACAUGCGGAUAAUUCGAUUUCUAGUGGUGUAAUCAACUUUGCGUCUCUUGAUUUCCUUGGUAUGAGCACUAAUAAGGACGUCAUUGAAAGUUCAGUUGACUGCAUCCGUGAUGUUGGUGUUGGUGCAUGUGGUCCUCCAAACUUUUAUGGUACUCAAAGUGUUCAUGUUCGAUUCCGUGAAGAUAUUGCUUCUUUCUUGGGUGCUGAGGAUGCAAUUAUGUAUGGUCAAGAUUUUGCUACACCGAUAUCAGUUUUGCCAUGUUUUUUAAAAAGAGGUGAUAUAAUCAUCGUUGAUGGAGGUGUCAAUAUUGCAUUGCAAAAGGCAGCAUUGAUUUCCAGAUGUAAUAUUGAGUGGUUCAAUCAUAAUGAUUUGGACCACCUUGAGGAGAUUUUAGAAGGUUUACAGGAAGAUUUAGCUGAUGGUCCUCUCAACAGAAGAUUCAUUGUUACAGAAGGUUUGUUUGAGAAUUUUGGCGAUUCCCCAGAUUUGAAAAGAUUGGUUGAAAUCAAAAACAGAUACAAGUUCAGAUUAAUUUUGGACGAGUCAACUUCCAUUGGUACUCUGGGUAACAAUGGUCGUGGAUUAGCGGAGGUUUACAACAUUCCUAGAGAAGAAAUUGAAAUUACUAUUGGUAGUAUGGCACGUGCUUUUGGUACAAGUGGUGGUUUUUGCGUUGGUGAUAAGGAUAUGAUCUAUCAUCAAGUUUUGACUUCCAACGCUUACGUUUUCUCUGCAUCUCUACCUCCAUAUGUUGCUAAAGCGGCUUGUACUGUUAUUAAGCUUAUAGAAGAUAACGAAAUAGAAGGAAAGCCGAACCCAUACUUGAAACAACUAAGGGAUAAUGGCGCUUAUCUUCAUAACUUAUUUGUUAAUUCUAAAGAUUUGUCAGAAUUAAUAACAGUGAAAUCAACCGAAUACUCUCCUUCUUUGCAUUUGAGACUAAAGCCAGAUCUUCGGAGAAAGUUGGGCUUACCUGAUGUUUAUGGUGGACCAGGUUCAGUUAUUCAAAAGGCACUGAAGAAUGGUAAUGAGGAACUUUAUUUUGACGAAUAUUACAACUUGGAAUCUUAUAACCUACAAUUAAUAAUAAACAGAUGCAUUGAGAAUAAGGUCCUCCCAACUAGAACAAAAAGAAUUUUGCAUCAUGAAUUACUGCCAGUUGUGCCGGAAUUGAUUUUACAUCUCUCCGCUCUUCAUAGUAGGGAAGAUCUUGACCAUGCAUUUGAUGUAGUCUCCAAAGCGAUCAUUUACCAGGUUAACAACUGGAAAUCUGGUAGAUAA